AUGGAGAGAUGGAGGGGUGGACAGAGGGAGAGGAGGUUGGAUGGAUGCUCUGGCAGGAAACAUUCUGGACUCUGUCCCUGUCACUUUUGUUUUCCAGGCCGACCCUCACUCCUCCUGCCCCUGUGUGCCUCUGUGUCUUUGCUGGGUGGCCUGACCUUUGGCUAUGAACUGGCAGUCAUAUCGGGUGCCCUACUGCCACUUCAGCUUGACUUUGGGCUAAGCUGCUCGGAACAGGAGCUCCUGGUGGGCAGUCUGCUCCUGGGGGCUCUCCUUGCCUCCCUGGUAGGGGGCUUCCUCAUCGACCGCUAUGGCAGGAAGCAAGCCAUCCUCGGGAGCAACUUGGUGCUGUUGGCAGGCAGCCUGAGCCUGAGCCUGGCCAGCUCCCUGACCUGGCUGGUCCUGGGCCGCUCAGUGGCUGGCUUUGCCAUCUCCCUCUCCUCCAUGGCCUGCUGUAUCUACGUGUCAGAGCUGGUUGGGCCACGGCAGCGGGGAGUGCUGGUGUCCCUCUACGAGGCAGGCAUCACCGUGGGCAUCCUGCUCUCCUAUGCACUCAACUACGUGCUGGCCGGUGCCCUCUGGGGCUGGAGGCAUAUGUUUGGCUGGGCCACUGCACCUGCUCUCCUGCAGUCCCUCAGCCUCCUCCUCCUCCCCCCUGGUACAGCUGAUGCUGCAGCCCACAGGGACCUCAUCCCCCUCCAGGGAGGCGAGGCCACAAAGCUGGACCUGGGGAGGCCAAGAUACUCCUUCCUGGACCUCUUCAGGACCAAGGAUAACAUGCGAGGCCGGACCACGGUGGGGCUGGGGCUGGUGCUUUUCCAGCAGCUAACAGGGCAGCCCAACGUGCUGUGCUACGCCUCCACCAUCUUCCAUUCAGUCGGCUUCCGUGGGGCCUCCUCAGCUGUGCUGGCCUCCGUGGGGCUCGGCGCCGUGAAGGUGGCGGCCACCCUGACCGCCAUGGGGCUGGUGGACCGAGCGGGCCGCAGGGCCCUGUUACUUGCUGGCUGUGCCCUCAUGGCCCUGUCGGUCAGCGGCAUCGGCCUUGUCAGCUUUGCUGUGCCCAUGGACUCAGGCCCAAGUUGCCUGGCCAUGCCCAAUGCCACUAGGCUGUCAGGCCUCCCUGGAGACUCUGGCCUGCCCAGUGGCUUGGCUCCACCUCUGCGGCCAAUGACCGACCAGAGCCCAGGGCGGCCAGUCUUGUCAACCUCUGAGAAAACCAAGCCUCAUCUGGGAGCUGGGGACCCCACUGCCCUUCCUCUGCCAGCCCUAAGCAUCGCACCCGCUGCACCCCCUUCUCCCCCUUCUCCUGCCCCUGAGCAUGCCCUGCUGCACUGGACCGCACUGGUCUGCAUGAUGCUCUUUGUGAGCGCCUUCUCCUUUGGCUUUGGACCAGUGACCUGGCUUGUCCUCAGCGAGAUUUACCCCGUGGAGAUCCGAGGGCGAGCCUUUGCCUUCUGCAACAGCUUCAACUGGGCUGCCAACCUCUUCAUCAGCCUCUCCUUCCUUGACCUCAUCGGUGCCAUUGGCUUGUCCUGGACCUUCCUGCUCUACGGGCUGACUGCUGUCUUCGGCCUGGGCUUCAUCUAUUUUUUUGUCCCUGAAACAAAAGGCCAGUCGCUGACAGAGAUAGACCAGCAAUUCCAGAAGAGAUGGUUCGCCCUGAGCUUUGGCCACAGGCAGAGCUCAGCUGGCAUCCAGUACAGCCGAAUUGAGGUUGCUGCAGCCUCCUGAGGAGUCCAUCUGGAAAAUGCUGGAACCAUGGCUUAGCAGACAGUCUUCAGCUUCCUGCUUGCCUGGGUGCCAGAGCACAAGUUCUAGGUGGUCCUUCAAGAGGCACCCCUGCUCCGGAAGAGGUCUGUUUUGCUGGGGCGAAAGGGAUGAAUAUCUGAGAACUCAAAAGUCUUCAGGUGGAGUCUCAGGCUCUGAGGGUUCCUGAGGCUCUGCCUUCCUGCCUCAGUUUCCCCACUGACUCUGCGCAUCUCUGCAGUAAUGAACUUAUGAUGAGAACAUCUUAUGGAGACUUCGUUUCUCCAUGGGCUUUCUCAAAGAAUCUCGAGGGUACCACCCGGGCAGGAAGUCUCUCCUGGAAUCACCCCUAAAUCCAGCUGGGGGUACCAUAUUCUCUGCUCUCUUUUUCCAUCUGGUUGGGACUUUCUGGGGAGGGGGAAGCCUGCUUUUUGGCUCUCAGAUCUCGUUUUGUUCAACCCCUCUAAUUCUCUUACCUAGAAUAUUUGUCAUUCACCAGCAACUCAGAUGGUUGGUAGGAGUUCUACUCCUGAGGCUGCUGGUGUUCUUGCUGUCUGACUGGGGAUCUCAGCUUUCCCUGUAUGUACAAUGGGGGUUCUGAACCAGGUGGUUCUUAAGAUCUCUUCUGAUGCCAAUGAGCUGGAAUUCUAAGUGCUGGCAAUACCACAGAUAUUCAGCAUGGGCCCUGCUCUCAAGUUGCUAGUCAUCUCUUUCAGGGAUAUAGGUUUUAAUUAGGGGAAAGGUGAACAGAAUUCCAGAGUUGUGUGCACUAAAAUCCAAGGACCAUCAUAGUGCAGGUCAUGAGCUCCAGGAGCUGUUUCCAGGAUGGCACAGGAGGACUUUGCAGAAAGGAGAUGGGUCUGGAAGCUAAUAAAUCUGGUUGUCGGUGUGGCCUCCACCUCUUGGCAGCUAGUGACCCUGGAUAAGUAACAACUCCCUUAAGCCUCAGUUUCCACAUCUACAGAAUGGGGAUGACUAUGCCCCAGGGGUGUAUUUAACCUCUGUCUCCCAUCAGGAGGGUCUUCAUUUGGUCCCAUUCAGCUGGUCAGGAUGGACGGGAUUUCUGCUCACCCUCAAUACCCAGGUCCCCACCUUUGGGACAUUGUAAAGGGUCAUCCCCCCCCGCCCACAAGGGGUGAGUCAGAUGGAGAAUGAGCAAGUAGCUCCUCUCCCACAGGACUCUGGCCUCCCCUGAGUCCUUGCCUCUCAUUUCUAGAUACUUCCCUUAGAUCCGGUGGUGUGUUGGAGCUGGCUUGUGCUGGCUUGUGAGAGCUGAUUGUUAAAUUUUCAGGAGUUUUGCAAGCUCGUUGUUAAACACAGCUGCUAAAAAGUUAAAUUAUUUAAAUUUAUACUUAAAUAAAUUAUAUUAAAACCGAGGUAAUACAUACUAAAAACUCAUCACUUCCUUAUUUUACUACAUUUGGCUCUCAUCUGUGCUCUUAAGGUAAUUUACACUUAUUGCAUCGCAUGAGGAACGUGGGGGAAGUACACUGCCCAUCCCUUGCCGGGUCUGCCUUCAGUGAUCCACGGGGAGUGUAUUUGCACCACAGGGACUGGGGAACACCACAGAUAAGGGCUUGAUUUGUCGUUUUGUUGAUUGUCCAGUCUUAAGAAUGUGAUGGAUACAAUGUUAAUAAUGUAAAUUAAACUUAACAGUGUGUUCUGUCUGUAGUCAUACAUUGUGAAUGGCACAAAAAAUGGAGGGGAUUAUUAUCCAGUUCAGCCAACAGGUGACUCAUGUCACUGGUGAAGGAGGUUGGACACACAUCUUUGUUGUUUUACUUCCGUCUUAUUCAUUAACACGAACAAAAAUUUCAACUAGCGUUCAUGUCAGAACUGCAUUCAUGCUUCAGUGACGUCAGCAACUUCUUUGCUGAGUCGUAUUGUUGUCAAGCAUUUCUUCGUGGUCUAAUUUUGUUAAAUCAUGGCUAAAUUGCAGUGACAGUUGGCUUUGGAAUCAAGAGGUUGGCAGAAAAAUCAACAA